AUGAAUCCAUUCAGGGCACUAUUUCGGUCACAAGCAGAGUGGUUUUCCGUCGGCCUUGCCUCGUCAUUCCCCGACCUCGGAUUGGACGACAACAACCUAUCACAACCUCGGGUCUGUGACUCAGGCCUCAAACCAGGAUGCAAAGUCUUCCACGUUCCUCGGACAGAUAUCUCUCAAAGGACUGAGGUGCCGAUUGCAGCAGACGCUCUCGAGUCCUCCGAUAUCGGCGGAGACUUGAAGGACCAGGUUCUCGUGUUCCAGUAUCGAGGCAAGUUUCAUGCGAUUGAUCAUCAAUGUCCUCAUUCGUCAUUUCCCCUUUCGCAAGGCACUCCUUUUGACAUCGAAGACUUCGGCAUCGUUCUCAGCGCUGGGCUGACGUGUCCGAAGCAUGGCUGGUCCUUCGACCUGUUUUCUGGAAUGUCAGAUCGUGGGAAAUACAAACUCGGGGUGUGGGAGGUCCAGCUGCGCGAGAUUGGAGGCACAGAGCCUCCUAUAUCGACUGACGAGGCCUGCAAUACGUCGGAAACCACAGAGACAGAGGUGUGGGUGAGGAGAAAGCAAAGAAUCGGCUAG